AUGGAUGGUAGCUCGCAGAGUCGCCGACUUCCUGAGAAUAGUAGAGCCUUUUCUCAGGCACAUAUACUACCCAGACAUAGUGCAGAAAGCACGGACUAUGUCGGCAUCACAAUCGCCGACGAGCUUCCGCAGAGACAGUCAACUCUAUUGCAUUCACAGUCCACGACAACUUCGCAAGGCUCUCCACAUAAGGAACAAUUGACAAGACAGGACUUUAGAGGCCUUUUUCAUCGCAUUCGGUCAAAAUCGGAUUUGCUUCCACUCCCCGCGCGAAAGUCUACAAAAAAUUACGCCAGUCCACUGAAGGCCAUGACCGUAGAUCUAAACAAUACUUACCAUCGGAUCAAUCCUGUCUUCCGUUAUGAACUGUCUUAUAAUCCUCGGCGUGUAUUGACGAAACCCUCAAAAGGUAUUAAGAAUGACGGCUAUGAUAAUGAAGAUUCUGAUUAUAUAUUAUAUGUAAAUGAUAUAUUAGGCAGUGGUGAGGGUCAGAAGUAUCUUAUACUUGACAUCCUUGGUUCGGGUACCUUUGGUCAAGUCGUAAAGUGUCAAAAUCUGAAGACAAAAGAGAUAGUUGCAGUGAAAGUUGUUAAGAAUAAGCCAGCAUACUUUAAUCAGAGCAUGAUGGAAGUUACAAUACUGGAGCUGUUGAAUAAUACGUGGGAUGCACAUGACGAACACCAUAUCUUACGCCUAAUGGAUACGUUCAUUCAUAGGCACCAUCUUUGUUUGGUGUUCGAACUUCUGUCAGUUAAUCUUUACGAACUGAUAAAACAGAAUCAAUUUAGGGGGUUAAGCACGAACCUCGUACGAGUAUUUACGGCACAAUUGCUGGAUGCAUUGACGGUACUGAAUGAAGCACGUAUAAUCCAUUGCGACCUGAAGCCCGAAAACGUGCUCCUGAAGAAUCUUGAAUCCCCAACCAUAAAAGUAAUUGAUUUUGGCUCCGCAUGUCAUGAACAUCAGACGGUUUACACAUAUAUCCAAUCACGGUUUUAUCGUAGCCCUGAAGUAUUAUUAGGAUUACCCUAUUCGUCUUCGAUAGACAUGUGGUCACUUGGAUGCAUUGCAGUGGAAUUGUUCCUUGGAUUACCGUUAUUUCCCGGGAGCUCUGAAUACAACCAAAUAUCGCGUAUAGUUGAAAUGCUUGGCGUCCCUCCAGUUUAUAUGAUUGAAGUGGGCAAAAGCGCACAUCAAUAUUUCGAACGCUAUUUAACAGAAAAUGGUCAAAAAAAGUAUCGAUUAAAAUCAAUGUCACAAUACCAGAGAGAACAUAAUUGCGUAGAACAGAUAUCGAAGCGUUACUUCCAAGCUUCGACGCUGCCAGAUAUCAUCAAAUCUUAUCCAAUAACGAGAAAAGGUCUUAGCCAGAAGGAUAUUGAUAAAGGCAAGAUCUGUUAUCCACAUUUUUAA